AAGUCAUGUCGUCACUAGUGUCCGUUGUGUUUAGAGUUUUUGGCGGAUUUUUUGACUCGUUAACCACCUACGUAGAAGCAACAUUUUCUAAACGGAUUAUUUUACUUUUAUAGAAAAUGGAAAGAUCCAGGAUGAACCGAGCAUCCAGCAGUAGGCUCUCUGAGCUCCCUCAAAGAGUUGAAAGCAACAGAAUGAGCAUGGUUUAUGCAACACCGCAGAGCAAACAAUCCUUCGGAAAGUUGAACAUUCCUAAACCCCAGUCUGUCACAUCCGAGAGAAGAACCAGCUUUUUUGGUAGUCGGACCAGUGGGGCUGGCAUGGCUCGCAACAGCGCCUUUGGUGCCUUUGGAGGUGCAGAGAAGAUGAAGGAUCCCCGUCCCUUACACGAUAAGGCCUAUGUUCAGCAGUGCAUCAGACAGUUGUGUGAGUUUCUGUCAGAGAAGGGCUUUCCGGGUUCAAUGUCAGUCAAGUCUCUCCAGUCGCCCUCCACCAAGGAGUUCCUAAAGAUCUUUGAGUUCAUCUACUGCCUCCUGGACCCCACCUUCCAGWUGCCCACCUCCAAAGUGGAGGAAGAGGUCCCCAGGAUUCUCAAAGACUUGGGGUAUCCAUUUGUUCUCUCCAAAAGUUCCAUGUACUCUGUGGGGGCACCACAUACGUGGCCCCAGGUCUUGGGGGCUGUUGUCUGGCUCAUCGAUACUGUGAAGAUCUUUUGCAGUAUGAGUGAUCAGGACCUGCUCUUUGCUGAUUUCUCUGACGGAAGCACUGAGAUUGAGGAUGGGGUUGAGUUCAACAAGGUACAGAGCCAACUUACAACAAAACCCAUUUGUUUCCCCGAACCCUCUGUGGUAGAUCAGGACUUGCUGAUCACCAACAACUAUGAGACGGCCAUGAGGACAGCCCAGAACUUCCUCUCGGUGUUCCUCAAAAAGUGUGGCAGUAAGCAGGGGAGCGAGGAGGACUACAGGCCUCUGUUUGAGAACUUUGUCCAGGACCUGCUCUCCACGGUCAACAAGCCAGAGUGGCCCGCUGCGGAGCUACUGUUGAGCCUGUUAGGCAGACUGCUGGUGCACCAGUUUAGUAACAAGCAGACGGAGAUGACCCUGAGGGUUGCCUCCCUGGACUAUCUAGGCACGGUGGCCGCUCGCCUGCGCAAAGAUGCCGUCACCAGCAAGAUGGACCAGCGAUCCAUUGACCGCAUCCUGAAAGAGACCCAAGGUGACGACGAGACCCAGCAACUGCAGAAAGCCCUUCUGGACUACAUGGAGGAGAACACAGAGACCGACCCUUCRCUAUUGUUUGCCAGGAAGUUCUACAUAGCGCAGUGGUUCCGCGACACCACCAUAGAGACAGAGAAGACCAUGAAGAGCCAGAAACGGGACCGGGAAGAGGACUCGUCGGACGGCCCUGGCCACCACGCCAAGGACAUCGAGACCAUUGGGGAGGUCAUGCAGCGGGCCGAGGCGCGCAAGAAGUUCCUCCGCAAGAUCAUAAAGACGGUCCCCUCCCAUUUCAUCACCCUGAGAAUGAACUCUGACACGGUGGACUACGACGACUCCUGCCUCAUCGUCCGCUACUUAGCCUCCAUGAGGCCGUUCGCCCAGAGCUUUGAUAUYUACUUAACCCAGAUCUUGCGAGUCCUGGGGGAGAGUGCAAUCGCUGUCCGGACAAAAGCCAUGAAAUGUCUGUCUGAGGUGGUUUCUGUGGACCCUAGCAUUCUUUCCAGGUUGGACAUGCAGCGCGGGGUGCAUGGCCGUCUGAUGGACAACUCCACCAGCGUGCGCGAGGCGGCCGUGGAGCUUCUGGGCCGCUUCGUGCUGAGCCGACCCCAGCUCACCGAGCAGUACUACGACAUGCUUAUCGAGAGGAUACUGGACACGGGCAUCAGCGUGAGGAAGAGGGUGAUUAAGAUCCUGAGAGAUAUCUGUCUGGAGCAGCCCACCUUCAACAAGAUUACAGAGAUGUGUGUGAGGAUGAUCCGUCGGGUCAACGACGAGGAGGGCAUUAAGAAACUAGUCAACGAAACAUUCCAGAAGCUGUGGUUCACCCCGACACCGGCCCACGACAAAGACACUAUGACCAGGAAGAUUCUCAACAUUACUGACGUGGUCACGGCAUGCAAAGACACAGGCUACGAUUGGUUCGAGCAACUCCUUCAAAAUCUGUUGAAAGUGGAGGAAGACGCUGCCUACAAACCGGCCCAGAAGGCUUGUGUGCAGCUCGUGGACAAUCUUGUGGAGCACAUCCUCAAAUACGAGGAGUCUCUUACAGAAAGUAAAGGAGUGAACUCUACCCGCCUGGUGUCUUGCAUCACCACUCUCUUCCUGUUCAGCAAGAUCCGGGCUCAGCUCAUCGUCAAACACGCCAUGACCAUGCAACCCUACCUGACCACCAAGUGCAAUAACGCCAGCGACUUCAUGGUGAUCUGUAACGUGGCCAAGAUCCUGGAGCUGGUGAUCCCUCUGAUGGAGCACCCUUCUGAGACCUUCCUCACCACCAUCGAGGAAGACCUCAUGAAACUCAUCAUCAAAUAYGGCAUGACGGUUGUACAACACUGUGUCAGCUGCCUCGGCGCCGUGGUCAACAAGGUGACCCACAACUAUAAGUUUGUGUGGUCUUGCUUUAACAGAUACUACGGUGCUCUGACCAAGCUGAAGACGCAGCACCAGGAAGAUCCCAACAGUACAGCUCUGGCUGCCAACAAGCCGGCCCUCCUGCGCUCCCUCUUCACCGUGGGAGCCUUGUGUCGACACUUUGAGUUCGACAUGGAGGAGUUCAAGGGCAUCACCAAGGUGGUAAUCAAAGAGAAGGUGCUGGAGCUGCUGCUCUACUUUACCAAACAUGARGACGAGGAGGUGAAGACCAAGGCUAUCAUUGGCUUAGGCUUCCUGGUGAUCAUGUACCCUAGCCAGAUGUUUUCCCCGGAGGUGAAGACCCUGUACAACGGCAUCCUGGCCGACAGGAGCACCUCGGUCAACUUGAAGAUCCAGGUGUUGAAGAACCUGCAGACCUAUCUGCAGGAGGAGGACUCRCGCAUGCAGGAGGCUGACCAGCAUUGGAAGAAGCUGUCCAAGCAGGAGGACCUGAAGGAGAUGGGRGAUAUCUCAUCGGGCAUGAGCAGUUCCAUCAUGCAGCUGUACCUCAAGCAGGUGCUGGAAGCUUUCUUCCACACCCAGUCCAGCGUGCGCCACUUUGCCCUCAACGUCAUCGCACUCACUCUCAACCAGGGCCUCAUCCACCCCGUGCAGGUAAACAAUGCUUGUUUGGAACAAAAUUAAGCUUUUUUGGCAGUCUAUAACCCUGUCUGUGACACUCUUUCUUUACUGGGAGAAUAUUGGAAUGAAGUGCCCAUUCCAUAGGAUGUUUUCCUCGUACCAGUGUGUUAGCACAGGGGGUCUAAAACCUUUUCUUGCCCAGGGACCCCCUCCCAGGCAAACCGGCGUCCCGGGGACUCCAUCAUACGCUAGCAAAACUUUUUGAUGAUGGCAAGGAGAAGCAAUCAACAUUUUUAAAAUGAAAAGAUUUGGUAGAUAAUUGUAAGAGGAAGUGUUAUUAUUAUUAUUAUUAUUAUUAUUAGCCAGUAAGGUAACUCCAAAAGCAACUGCUAAGAGCAGCUGUUUAGGUUGUUAAACAAAAGUUAGCCAUAGUGUAUGUCCAUGUCAAGAAAGCUUAACCAAUAGCCAGCGGCACGGGUAGCCUAUUCACGAUUGCUUUUUCAGUGUAAUCUGCUCAAUAUUAGUUGAAGUUUACAUUUAGAAAGAGUAUAUCCUAUUUUCUGCUGUAGAUAUGUAAUUCAAACUUAGUUUAUUCUGUUGUUGCAAGCGAUAUUCCUAAAAAACAUAUAUUUUUAAAGUAAUUUUUGUAUAUAUUUUUCUCGAACCCCUUGCGGUACCUCCGCAGACACACGGUUGAAUACCCCUGUGCUAGGAUGUUUUUGAAAAACGUUUUAUACAAUUCGCAAUUGUUUAUACAGAUCUAAAACUACGCUUAAGUCAGCAAUGCUUUAGGCAAAAAAAGCUGGGAAUAUAUUUGGUUUCUCUCUGACAUUCAGAAGCUGAGCUAUGACCUAAAKUCGAGGAGUCAAAGAAAUUGGACUUUGCUUGGAAAGUWAUUUUAUGCAAUGCGUGACUCGCUAUCAAUUGAUUGAAUCACUUUCUGUAAAAUAUUAUGUAUAAUUAAAUUGAGGGUUCAUAUAAAUUAUCAUAAUAAAAACAUUUGUUAGCUAAAUAAUAUUUUGGGAAAUCGGAUCUUUAUUUUCCUUAUCUAUUAUCGUCAAAUAGCCCACCUAAAAAAUGUCAUAAUUCUGGUUAGACUACGUAGAAUUUCAGGAAAUUAGAUUCAAAUCAACAUGCUCCAAGGUCCCUCAAAUUAAACAAAAUCAAGCUGGUGUUUUAUUUACUAUAGGCUAUCACAAUAAAAAUAAAAUUUAAAGGGGGAGGUUUUUUUUCUAAUGUAAAAAGAGGACCCUCUG